AUGGCCCAGAUCGAGCCGCAAGCUAUCGAUGAGAAGACCAUAGGCACUUCCGAAGGACAGCCUACCCUUGACGAUGGCCUCAAGGAGACCGGCAGCAUUGAACCUCGAAUCGACCCAGCCAAAGAGAGGAUCCUUCUCGCCAAACUGGAUCUGAUGUUCACUCCUGUCAUUAUGCUCGUCUAUCUCUCAUGCUUUCUCGACCGAUCAAACAUUGGCAAUGUGAAAGUCGCCGGAAUGCCAGAAGAUAUCGGAGCAUCGAACCAGCAGUUCUCGACCGCCGUCUCCAUCUUCUACGCCACUUAUGUGGUGUUCGAAACACCAUUUGCAAUUCUACUGAAGAAGCUGACGCCGCGCGUCCUUCUGUCGAGUCUUUGCAUUGUGUGGUCCUUGACCACCAUCUUCUCGGGCUUCAUUCAGAACGUGGGAGGCCUUUAUACGAGCCGCCUUGUGCUCGGGGCCUGUGAGGCCGGGCUAUUUCCAGCCCUCACCCUCUACCUUACGACGGUUUACAAGAGGGACGAACUGGCCAAGCGAGUGGCCUAUCUCUUCAGUUGCACUGCUCUGUCUGGGGCUUUUGGUGGUCUCCUGGCUUACGCGCUGCUGCAGAUGGACGGUGUGGCCGGGUACGCCGGGUGGCGAUGGGUCUACAUCAUCGAGGGCAUUUUCAGCGUCGUAAUCGCCGUCGCUGUUUGGUUCGGCCUACCCACCAACCCGGCAGAGGCGUGGUUCCUAAGCGCCGAGCAGAAAGGCAUCAUGCGCAUCCGACAAGAGCAAACGGCUCAAUACAUGGGCAGCGAUGAGCUUGAUUGGGAAGAAAUCCGCAUCGCCUUCAAGGACCCCAAGGUCUACCUCAGUGCGGUGAUUCAAUUCUGUCAAGAUAUCCUUCUUUACGGAUUCAGCACGUUUCUGCCGGCCAUCUUGAAGUCGGCCGGGUACAAUAGUCUGCAGAGCAACUACCUCACCGUUCCUGUCUACAUGUUCGGGGCUAUUGUGUUUAUUGCUGCUGCUGUGGCAUCAGACAGACUCAGAUUACGCUCUCCGUUCAUCCUUCUGGCCAACGUCUUCGGCAUUGUCGGUUACAUAGUUCUCCUCACAGUGCCAUCUAACAACGGAGUGCGAUACUUUGCCACCUUCCUCUGCGCGGUGGCGGUUUAUAACGGUCCCGGAUUGAACGUGACCUGGAUCAACGUCAAUGUCGCACCUCACUACCGCCGAGCCACGUCGAUCGGGGUCCAGCAAACCAUUGCAAACACUGCAGGAAUCGUGGCCGGCCAGAUCUACCGGACGUCACCCUACAAGCUAGGCCACAGCUUCUCCUUGGGCGCACUGUGUCUGGCCCAGGUGAUGGUUGUGGUCAAGAUGUUCUACAUCAGGUGGUGGAACACGAGGAAGGAGAAGAUUGCGAGAGGCGAGAUCGAAGACACGCGCAAGUACAAGACGGGAGAUCGAGAGCUGGACUUUAAGUAUCAUCUCUGA